CCCUUUCGUUUUACUAUUUAUUACCUUUUGACAUCCUUCCCCCUCUCACCAACCUCGACGGAGAAAACUCAAGCAGAAUCUUCAAAACCCUAAUCCUAAGGUCCCAUUUUGAGCUUACCUGCAGUACCUGGCAUGGAUUCCUUCGCUACAGCCACCUCUUUCAAUGGCCAGCAACCUCUAUUCUUCUCCACUCUCUCAAAACAAAAGUUUUACCCCCUACCCAAAACCCUUCGCUUUUCCCUUCACCCAACCUCAAACUCUACGGUUUCCAGAGUCUCGUUGGUGAAAGCCUCUUCUUCAGAAUCGAACCCUCAUCCCUUACCGCGUAGAAUCAAAACAAUUGCAGCAGGCGCCGUCAUUCUUUCCGCUGCCACAGCCGGUCUGCUCUCUGGCCGUCUUUCUCUGGCUCUGGCUCUGGCUGAGCCCCCCACCUUAUCAGAGCCGGCGGAGAGCUCCCAUGCCGAUGGCGAGGUCCAAGUCGAGUACAAGAUCACAAAUCCGGACGAGAGAUCCCCUCUCUCCGACGCCGUCAAUUCGCUCCGUUCUCUGCUGUAUCAGAAGCUGGAGGAUGGGGAGGACACUGAGGCGCUUUCUAUCCUCCGGCGCCUGUUGGAGGCGCAGCCAGCAGAGGCUGAGUGGAAGUUCUUGGCGGCUAGGCUUCUCAAUGAGAUGGGCCAGGUGGCCGAGUCACGGAAGCUUCUGGAGGAAAUCCUUGCCGCUGAUCCCCUCUCCUUCGAAGCUCUCUUCGAGAAUGCUGUUCUGAUGGACCGUUGCGGCGAGGGCGACGCCGUCAUCGAGCGCCUCAAGCGCGCACUGGAGCUCGCUCAGUGUGAGCACAAGGAGGCCGCCGCCCGUGACAUCCGCUUCAUCAUGGCGCAGAUUCAAUACCUUCAGAGGAAGGUGGAGGAGGCCCUGUUGACCUACGAUGAACUUGCAAGGGAGGACCCUAAGGACUACCGUCCCUAUUUCUGCCAGGGAAUGAUCUAUUCUCUGCUUGAUCGUAACAAGGAGGCCAGGGAGAAGUUUGCCAAGUACAACGAGCUCACAGAAAAGAAGGCUGAGGUGAAUGCCUACUUACAGACGGCAUUGUCGAGGGUCAAGCUUUUUGGAACUGGGGAUUCAGAGAUUUGAUUACCGCGGCCUAAUUUUCUUCCAAUUCCAAAAUGGAAAAUUGGAAGUAUGAAUAAGUUUCUGGGAGGUGAGGUGAGCUCCCUUGAACUAUAUAUUUUCUUCAGUGAUGAGGUGACUUUAAUAUAGGAAAUAACAGCUACGGGUGAUAUUAUUUGGAGAUUUUUUUGGGUGUUACUAAUAUUAUGCAUCUUUACUUAUGAAUUCAAAUUCAUCUUUAUACA